UCCGCGUUUCAUGUUAGUGCUUUGGGGCGGUCUUGGAAUCAACCUCGCUAAAUGUUGUAGUCCGCUGAUCUUCACACGCCAGGCACCGAGCGCUCACGGUAAUCUUCUCCUGGGGCUAAAGAGAUUCCAAGAAAACGGGAUACUCGAUGUUCACGCGUGGAUUAAUCGCUGGAAUAAUAAGUACGCGACUCCCAACUGCAAUACUGGGCCAUACCCGGCAUCGGCUAAAGGUUUCUCCGGCCACGUGGUGUUCCUAAUAAUAGACGGGUGCGAAGAUCUCGUUCCUCGUAUUUUCCGGAGAUCGUGUUUUCUUGUUCAUACAAAGAUUUGUUCAACUGGAAGAUGCGAUUAUACACCAUAGAAUCUCAAAUGGCCGAAUUGAUGUCGCCAUUAUCACACACGUCACCACUCUGGCACUCUGGUUAGCGAAAAGCUUGGCACAACCAACAUGCCGCACCGCUAUCCUCUCACCACCACCCUUGCUUCUAGAGGCAUACAUAGAAAGCCACGGUGACUCUCGUUGGAGUGCCGGCACUGAAAAUUCGUUCAAUACAAUGGCUGAAAAACAAAAGCCGAAAAGCGUGAUCAUCAUUGGCGCGGGAGUGGGUGGGACGGCAACAGCCGCAAGACUGGCGGCCGCGGGACUCAAAGUUACUGUGGUGGAAAAGAACGACUUUACCGGUGGCCGAUGCAGUCUAAUUCACCACGACGGCUAUAGAUUCGAUCAAGGGCCAAGCUUAUUGCUGCUCCCACCUCUUUUCCGAGAAGCAUUCCACGAUCUGGGGACUUCGCUCGAAGAUGAGGGUGUGCAGCUGAUUAAGUGCGAGCCAAACUACAGGCUGCAUUUUCACGAUGGCACACCCUUCACGCUCUCGACGGACUUGAGUGUCAUGAAACAAGAGAUUGAACGGUUCGAAGGAAAGGCCGGGUUCGAGCGGUACCUUUCAUUCUUGCAAGAAUCCCAUCGUCACUAUGAACUCUCUGUCAUUCACGUGCUGAAGAAGAAUUUCUAUUCUCUUCUGAGUAUGGCACGGCCCAACUUCUUGCAGCAUCUCUUGGAACUGCAUCCAUUCGAAAGCAUCUAUCGCAGGGCAAGCAAGUACUUCAAGACCGAACGUCUGCGGAGAGUCUUCACCUUCGCGAGCAUGUACAUGGGAAUGAGUCCUUUUGAUGCUCCUGGCACCUACAGCUUGUUGCAAUAUACUGAGCUCGCCGAAGGAAUAUGGUAUCCGGUCGGGGGUUUCCACAAGGUGGUUGACGCUAUUGUGAAGAUUGGGGAGCGAAAAGGUGUGGAGUACCGGAUGAACGCGCCUAUAUCCAAGAUUCAGCUCUCUGGAGAUGGACGGCGGGCAACUGGAGUAGUCUUGGAAGGUUCCGAAGAAACCCUCACAGCGGAUUUGGUCAUCUGCAAUGCCGAUCUGACGUACGCGUACAACAAUUUGCUACCCCAGACACGUUAUGCCAAAUCACUAUCCAAGCGUGAAGCAUCUUGCUCAAGUAUUUCGUUCUACUGGGCUAUGGACCAAAAGUUCCCCGAGCUAUCGGGGCAUAACAUUUUCCUGGCUGAAGACUAUCAAGAGAGUUUCGACAGUAUAUUCAAGAAGCACCAGAUCCCAGAAGAGCCCAGCUUUUAUGUCAACGUACCGUCCCGGAUGGACCCAACCGCUGCACCCCCUGGGUGCGACACCCUUGUCGUCUUGGUUCCUGUUGGCCACCUGUUGGACUCAAACACUGAGUCUCACAGGGGUACACCCAGCGCUACAGGCGGCACCCAGGACUGGGACAAGAUGGUCUCUAUCGCACGGACAACUAUUCUCAAGACUAUGGAGACUCGCCUUAAGAUUGAUCUCGCAGCACACAUAGUACACGAGUCUGUCAACACACCACCAUCAUGGAAAUCUACUUUCAAUUUGGACCGCGGAGCUAUCCUCGGAUUGAGCCACUCCUUCUUCAACGUACUGAGUUUCCGUCCUAAGACGAAGCAUGCAAGCAUCGAUAAUCUCUAUUUUGUGGGCGCCAGUGCUCACCCAGGUACUGGAGUGCCGAUCGUGCUUGCAGGCGCUAAGAUGGUGAGCGAGGAUCUACUCAAAGAUAUCGGAGGGCAGAUUCCUUGGGGCCAGAACAAGCAGGUGCAAAGCAGCAGCGGAAGUCCUCUUGAUCGCGAGAAGGGUAUUCCGCUUCUGCGUUGGCUCGGAUGGUUCGUGGCUGUGGUGAUUGCAAUCUUGUUGACCGAGCUUAAUGUGUUUUCGGACGAUUUUAAUUGGAGAGAGAUGAAGCUUAUGGGAGACUGGUAG